UAUAAAGCACUCAUUCUCUGUUUAUAUUUUCAGAAUCAACCAAAACUAUCAUGUCUAAUUUCGAACUGGCACAAAAGGUUCGGCAUCUCAUCGUUCAACCCGCCGACCAACGACAGAACCCACCCGAGAGUUACCUCUUCGUCCAAGAUGGCCUCAUCAUCAGCUGCGGUGUGCUCUAUGCACUCUGCUACAUAUUCUGCAUGAUACGAACCUAUUCCGAUAAGACCUACCCAGGUGCGCGCUGGGGAGGUAUCCAGCUCCUUUGCUUGACAAUGGCGUAUGAGAUCUUCUACGCCUUUACGACAACAUCUACUCGUUUUGAGAAGCUGGCGUUUCUGGCUUGGUUUGAGCUCGAUCUGAGUUUUGUGAUUGUUGCGCUUCGGAAGGCUCAUACCCCGGCUCAGCGACGAGUCCUCUGUCGGAAUAUGAUCCUGGGUUGUCUGGCAGCAAUUGCAUUCCUCUGGAUGUUGACUAGGAGAUAUCCGGAUGAGCGGGAGCAGGUCACCGCGUAUUGGACUGGAAUCAUCCUGCAGCUUCCUAUUGGCUGGAUAUGUCUGUAUCAUUUGUGGAAGGAUCAUAGCACAAAGGGCCAUUCUCUUGAAAUAUGGCUCACGAGGUACUUGGGCUGCUUUACAGCCUAUGGCGUCUUCCUCUGGCGAUACUUUAAUGUCCCUCAGAACUGGGCGUAUGUCUGGACGCCCUGGAGCAUUGGGAUUAUUAUCGUCACUCUCAUUCCCGAGACGAUCUAUCCACUUGUUUAUGUCUGGGUGCACAAGACGCAAAAGGACAAGAGGGCAUAAGGUUUAUUCUCUUGACUAAUUGAGUCGCAGUCAGCUCUAUUCCUACCAUAUUCUACUGAGGCACUACAUAGCUGGAAUAUAAACAGAGUCAAUAUAGUGGACGUCCGGAAUAAACUAGCCAUUAACUGAGUGCCGCGCCAGGACCACAAUUCCUCUAGUUUGCAAUUAGG